AUGGGAAACUCUGCUAAGACUCUGGCCGGUGAUAACAAAACGUUUAGAGACGCCAUUGAACAACCGGUGGAUUUAGAAAGGCAGGCAGAACGAAUCCUAGCUGACCAUUGCGAGGAGAAGCAUAUCAGGACCAUGAGUAUCAAAUUUGGGUCACAAACUGACUUGGGUUCAUCCAAGACAUUCAUGAUGCUCAAGCGAUACGAACCAGCUACACACCCAAAAUGUCCUGCUAAGAAGAAAGACGAAUCUUUCUGGGGCGAGCUUGUUGAAUGUCGUAUAUCGCAACCCAAUAUUCUCUUGACAAUCACAUUCCCUCUGCAAGACAAACCAAGCUCCUAUUCUGAAGUGUUUGUAAAGUUUGCAACCAUGAAUAAAGAGGAAAAGGAAUCAGUUGCCAAAAUAAUCUUCAUGGCAGAGGAGCAACGUUGGACAGCAGAAGUCAAAAUAAAUUUAGGAACCCGUGGCUGGUUUAUCAUUUGCCAAAGACCAGGAGAGGAAUUGCUUGACAUUCCAGCCAAUGGUGGGAAGAUUACUUCUGUGCUUGACACUGAUGUAGAAAUGGAUAUUCCGAAGACUGCAUUUGACAGACCAGGCAGAAUGUCACUCAAGGUCGAGGAGAGUGUGCCUAUUACUGAAGACCUAGAUGCCAUUCUAUCAUUUUCGAAGUUUUAUGAAAUUGAGCACACGUCUGGCAUACAGCCGAAGAAAGAUAUCCUCCUUACCUUGCCCCUCCCGGAAAAAUACACUGGGAAAGGUCAACUCUUUGUCUUGUCGAGGUCUGGACCCGAGAAUGUCUCAAGUGACGAAGAGGAUACAAAGUACUGGACUGUCCUUGACACUGACAUCAAGAUCAAGGGCAAAGUUGCAAGCUUUACAACCAAACACUUUUCAACACAUAGUACCGUUGACUGUCUGACGGAGGCUUCUGAAGGUCCAGUGGACAGAGCACUCUCUUCAGACACAGACGGCUCAGCAAAUAUGUCUGCAUCUGGGCUUGUGGAUCUUGGAAUGGAUUUCUUUCUUGGUCCAGGGUUCUUUUUCCUUGGAGAACGUGCUGGCGGGAUGUUCAAAUCUCAACCGGAAAACGAGUACGGUGUUGCCGUCGAUGGAAACGCCAAAUCACGGGUCGAUAUCUCACCACUGAAGAUCACUUACUUCCCAGGGAUGAAUUGUCACCAGUCCUUGGAUCUUGAGGUGAUUGACCGCAAAGACAUCAGUCGGGCUACAGUUGCUAUAAAAGAUCUGCAGACGGACCACCAUGACGUGCUCACGUUUCUACCGUUUAUCCUUGAUCAAAAUGCAUAUUCGUCCCAGAGCUAUUCUGUAUCAAAAUUUGCAGUUGAUGAAGUGAACAGAGGACUGGAUGAGGCUUAUGAUCCCGAACUGUACGAGUCCAAAGGAAAAUUCAUAGUAGCAGAGCUCACAGCCAGUCUUUCAGUUCAAGUGUUUGGUUCCUGGUGGAAAAUAUGGCUAUACCUUGGCCACUCUCUACCUUGGUUGAUGGAUAUGCUUCACAAUGAUCUGUAUGACUCGCAAGAGAGAAUCAAACAGGUAUUGCGAAAGUGGUUCUCAGCAAACGCCGAAGCCGCAGACAUUGGCGUCACAAAACUUACACAAGCAUUGGUACGAGUUGACAACUUGUCUGCGGCACAGUCAGUCAUUGAUUUUCUGGAGAUGUGUUGGAAGUCAUCUGACUGCAAACAUGAAUGGGAGAAUAAGCCAUUUUGGAAUUGGUUGAAGAACCAGACCCUCAGCCUUGACAGCUUUACAGAAAACAUCAGUCCAUCGGAGCCGAUGUCAACUCUGUUUCUCCUUGAUAUCCUGAGGUACAUCGAAGUGGAGCCCGAGAAUUUGGGAAUCUUUCUGGGUUUGACAAAACAAGAAACUGAUACGGCAACAUCCGAUAUACACAAGGUCGAUCGGGAAUGUCGGAUGCUCGUGGUAAAUAUACUUCUUUCUGGAAAUCAAUGA